ACCACUGAGUGUGUGUGGACGUAAAGGGCUUUUAUUGUGAAAUGCAGUUUAAAGUUGUUCCGCACAUGCGCGGUAGAGAUCCUGCGUGAGCAGAGACUAGUCAGUUUAAUAAGUUUGAUGCUUUGUUUAAAAUACAGAACAAAAGUAAACAAAGUAGGGCGGUAGGGCAUCAUGGCGGCUUUAUGAACGGUAAGAGGCGGGAACACGGCGGCGACGGUCAGAGGGAGGACAUCAACAGGAGGAGGACCGGAAGCUGUUUGAAAGCCGUGAGCGGGAGUUUGUCAGCAGGGGGAGAAACCGGCACCCGGAGCGAAGACAUGGACCCCCUGCAGGAGCUCCUGGACCGGGUCAAGCCCAGCACCGAGGCGGAGUCCCUGUGGUUAAAGAACAUCUUCACCUCCAUCUCUGAACACCUGAGUCCUGUGGUGUGUAGCUCCGCCCCCUCGCAGACAGGUAACCACGGUGACCUCAGCCUCUUCGAUCUGAGCAUGUGUGCGGUGCAGGCGAUCCAGCAGCAGAUGUGUGUGGCCCACAGCUUACCUGUCAGCUACAGACUGCUGUCCGUCUCCCAGCUCGUCUCCCAGCAGCACCUGGCCUGCGUCAGCAACCUGUCCUGGAGCACCAAUCAGCAGAGAGCCUGGGCCAGGGAGGCGGAGCUCGCCGUGCCGGGUCAGAGGGCGCUGCCGAGGGUCAACCUGCUGCUGAUUGGCUGUCUGAGAGAAGGCCCUGACGGAGAGUACAGGCUGACGGACGCCAGCGGCAGCGUCAUGUGUGUGUGCCUGUCUCUCUCGCCCCUGUGGCUCGAUCGUCCCGUUUUCCUCCCUCACUGGAACUACAUCCCCCACAAUGCAUCGGGCCAGGAAGAGGCCGCAGGCUUCUUGGAGCUGAUUGGCUCCCCUGUCCUAUUGUGUCCUGGUGCUGAGCAGGGAUUGGCUGCUGCUCCUGGAAGGGUGGAGCUAAGCGGAGCGGUGGGAGUCGGAGAGGCCGGCAGGCUGCUGAGGCACAGGGUCAAAGGUCAGCGGCUGAGCGUGUUCGGAGAGGUGGGCUCAGUCUGCCCUCUGCUGGCCGUGGCAGGAACGACCUUCUUUUGCUUCACGCUGACGGAUGAGUCGCGCUCGCUGCCCGUGCUCGUACAGGACAGCAGCCGGCUCAGCUGGAUCCAGCGUGUGUGUGUCGGGCAGGGCGUGUGUGUGACAGCUCUACGUGUGUGUGCGCUGCGAGGCUGGAGAGGAAACAACAUCCUGUGUGUGACGAAGCACUCCGAGCUGCACGCCGACUACACGCACACACAGGAACACACACAGGAACACACACACUCUGAGUCCCUGCUGUCACAGCCUGCUGAGGACGACUGUGAGGAGGCGGAGCAUGAGGAGGUGGAGCUGGACCAAUCAGCUGUGAGGAUAAAGCACUCCAAAGUCAUCAGCUACCAGGGCACGGUGACUGAGGUUGUGAGUGAGGGGGCGGGGCUCUACGUGCUGGAUGGGAAGGUGGGUCUGUGCGUGGCCUAUCAGCCGCCGGCGAAGAGGAAGCUGAGGGCGGGAGACAGAGUGGAGUUGCAUCACGCCCACUUCCUGUACCGGCCCUGCCCGGACUUCCCUCCCAGCAUGCUUUGCACCUGCCUGCGCUCCAGCCUGAGGGUGACGGCCUUCAGCAGGGCGGGAGGCUCGCCACCUGACAACCGCUGCCCGGGAGAUGGGGCGUUACCACGGUUACUGCUGCAGAGAAACACAGAUGUGUCCGAUUACCUGUGGACCUGUCACCUAAGCUCGCAGCUGGCACACAGUCUGGUCCAAGGUGUGUGGAGGCAGCAGUGUGUGUGCUUGCUGUCCUGGAGGCUGAUGGAGACUCUGAGCAGAGCUGGAGGACGAGGACGCAGAGACAUCUACGCUGAGAUGCUGGACGAGCCUCACACCUGUCCUGUGACGCAGUACAGCGUGUCCUCGGCGGUCCGGCAGUACCUCGGUGUGUCGGAGCUCCUGGAGUCCCUGCAGACUGGCUGCUGGUCUUCGGCCCCUCUGAGCUCUCUGCUGCCCCCUGAUGGCUCCAACCUGACCUCCUCCCAGAUCAACGGGUUCCUGUCCUGGUCUUGCAGGACUCUGUCCUCCGAGCCUCAGGGUGGAGACGCUGUGAGGCAGCGCCCCCUGCUGCUGGUCGGCGUGCUGGAGCUGCCGUCACAGACGUCCGAGUUCAAACACUCGAUGCAGCUCAGAGACGCCGCGGGAGCUGCAGCCUGCGUGCUGACGGAGAGCAGCGAGGAGGAGGAGGGAGCGCAGAGGGCGGUCUUUAACAGCGCCUGGAUCGGUUGUCUGGUGGGUGUGGUGCAGUUCACCAUGGUGACAGAGAGAUUCCUCCAAUCAGAUUUCCCCUCCUACCAACACCUGGACCAGGACAGGUUCAUCACACACAAACACUGCAGGGUUUACCUGCAGUUCUCUCUGGACCACCUGCACAUCCUGAGUCCAUCUGUUGCCAUGGAGACACACUUGAGACACAAGGGGGAGGAGCCAGGAGGGGAUGUCACUGCCAGGAAGCAGACAGUGGAAGAAGAAGAAGAGACUGCUGGGAGUAAGAGGAGGAGAAGAGAAGAAGAAGAAGCCGACUCCGGCAACCCCUGGCCCUGUGUCUCCAUGGUGAUCAGGGUGGAGCAGAAGGAGGGUGUGUCCUGGAGGAAUACAGGGGCGGAGGCAGAGGAUCAGGAGGCAGGGCUGAGACUGUGCUUCUCAGUGAAAGCUGCUGUGAUUGGUCCAGUGGUCAGCUGGAGGCGGGACCCGAAGAAUGAGCCAAUGACAGAGAAAGAAAGUGAACAAAAGCAGGAGAGAAAGGUGGUGCUGGUGUUCUCAGGUGUGUGUACGCGGUGGUUUCCUGUCCUCCAGCCUGGAUGUUUCUACAGACUCAUCGCCGCUAACACUCAGGAUCCCAGUGUUUUGAUUGGCUGUGGAGUUUCUGAGCGCAGUGGGGUGGAUCUCCACGCUGAGUCAACCCUACAAGUCAGACGUGGUUGGAGAUUCCACACUCUGACACGCCCACUGCUGCUGCCCACCUGCAGACAGGCCGUCCCACCCACAGUUUUGUCCGUCUCAGAGGUCUUAGACUGCAGCUCAGAGCUGGUGUGUUUUCAGGGUGUGGUGUCUGAAAGGAUCAGUGUGAACAACAGGACCGCCCACUCUGGACACACACACUCAGAAAAACCUCUCAUGGGCAAGGGAAGGUGUUCGUGCCUGGCCCUAAUGGCCUGCAUUAUCAUGAAGGCUGAGGAGGAGUUGAACCUUCAGGCUAUCAGGAACAACAAACUGGAAAAUUUUCUUGCUCAAGCGGUGAUGCUUUAUCACCCUGUACAGGAUGCCGUUCUGUACUUUAAGCUUCUUCCACUGCCUGAGAAGCCCACCAACACCACCUGGUUCUGA